AAAGGCGCGCGGCAAGAAUGUCGGACCGAAAGGCUGUUGUGAAGAAUGCGGACAUGUCAGAGGACAUGCAGCAAGAUGCGAUCGAUUGCGCUGCACAGGCAAUGGAGAAAUACAACAUCGAGAAGGAUAUCGCUGCCUACAUCAAGAAGGAGUUCGAUAAGAAAUACAACCCCACGUGGCAUUGCAUUGUAGGUAGGAACUUCGGAUCGUAUGUGACGCACGAGACAAAGCACUUUAUCUACUUCUACUUGGGCCAAGUCGCCAUCCUCCUCUUCAAGUCUGGUUGAGAUUGUCAAGGAUACAACAAACAUGCACAGGGCAAGGAGGAGAAGAUAGGCAGACGACCUGGCAGAAAGAAGCUGUUAUAUAAGAAUGAAUUGAGCUUAACCCUA